AUGGAUAUGCUACAGGCCUCUCGCCUCUUCUAUCAUCAGAACCAGAUCUCGGCUAGACAUUACUUUCCAGUUGUCCAUCCUUUACCAUUACGGUUCACACCUCCGUCUGAUCCUUACAACAGCGGGGCUAGAUAUCUCUUCCCAGUGUCCUACCCUGUAGCUCCCUUCUCCGCACCCGAGCUGACACCCAAAAUCCACAAACGAAUCCGAUUCACCGCCGAACAGUUGGAGAUUCUAGAACAGAAGUUCGAGGAGAACCAUUACCCAGGCAGAAUGGACCGGGAGUAUCUCUCACAACAACUCUGCCUUACCGAGGCCAAUGUGCGGGUGUGGUUUCAGAACCGUAGAGCCCGAUUUCGAAGAAAGAAUACACGCUCUUACCACCAGUCUACCGGAGAAUAUACCAAGAAACGACCUGCUUCUUUUAUGAUGCCCACCUCACUGGCACAAAGUGUACAGAGCAAAUGUCAGCUUGACCUGAGUGGUGAAACUCCGUCUGAUUUCGCAUGUCCACCUGUUCCCUUUUCGCCGAUGUUUUCACCAGGGUCCAGCCCUGGUUUAAGUGGAAUUUUCCAAUUUCCCCCUGCGAGUGAGUUGGCCAGAACUUCUAGUUACUGUCAUUCUGUUGCGGCCUUCCGAGACAAGGGAAUCGAUAAUGACCGAUGUACAGCCUAUGUUACUUCCCAUUCUUCUGUAGCUGACAUCAAGUCGAUGGAGUCAAGAUAG